AUGGGUCUUGAAAAAGAUAAACAAAAUGAUAGGGGAGAGGAAAGUGACAUACAAGAGAGUGGAGAUGAGAGAGAUGGGAACAUGAAAAGAAAUACGAGUGAAACUUCUUUAUACACAACUGAGGAUGAAGACAGUGAUGGUCAAGAACAUAAUAACAAGAUUCAACUUGGACCACAGUGCACCCUUAAAGAACAUAUUGAGAAAGAUAAGGAUGAUGAGAGUUUGAGAAGAUGGAAGGAACAAUUGCUAGGGAGUGUGGAUAUAAACAGUGUUACAGAGACACUGGAUCCUGAAGUUAAAAUACUUAGUCUAUCAAUUGUUACUACUGAUAGACCAGCCAUUAUUCUUCCCAUUCCUGAAGAUGGAAAUCCUAAAGGAUUGUGGUUCACCUUAAAAGAAGGAAGUCACUACAGCUUGAAAUUCUCUUUCACUGUGAGCAAUAACAUUCUUUCGGGAUUUAGAUAUACGAACACUGUUUGGAAAACUGGUAUCAAAGUGGAUAGUCGAAAAGCUAUGCUUGGAACGUUUAGUCCACAACAAGAACCUUAUACAUAUGAAACGCCGGAAGAGAGUACGCCAUCUGGUUUUUUGGCUAGAGGCUUAUAUUCUGCAAGGUCAAAGUUUGUUGAUGAUGAUAACAGGUGUUACUUGGAAAUAAAUUAUACUUUCGAUAUUCGAAAAGACUGGGCAAAUGUCUAG